AUGCGCAAAUGCAACUCUAGGGGCCUGGCGUUUGAUCACGACACCAACGGCCACAUCGACAACUUUGCCUGCUUCGCGCGGCCUGGCGUGGUGCUGCUCGCGUGGAGCGACGAUGAGAGCGACCCGCAGUACGCCAUCAGCCGCGAGGCCCAAGACAUUCUGUCCAAGGAAGUGGACGCCAAGGGCAGGCCCCUCCAGAUCAUCAAGCUGCCCUGCCCACCCCCACUGCAUCGGACGCAGGAAGAGUGGGACACCUUGGACGAUUCCGGAAAGCAGCAUCGGCAGGCCGGGGAGCGCCUGGCCGCGAGCUACGCCAACUUUUACAUCUGCAACGGCGGGAUCAUCAUGCCGGCCUUCGGCCUGCCCGAUGCUGACUCAGCGGCCCAGCAGGUGCUCGAGGCGGCGUUCCCAGACAGGAAGGUGGUGGCCGUGCAGACGCGGGAGAUUGUGCUCGGGGGAGGAAACGUGCACUGCAUAACGCAGCAGCAACCGCUGCUGCCAUGA